UUUAAGUUUGGCCGGCCGAACCAGCUCUGUGUUUGCAGACACAACCCGUUCAUAGGGAAUCUAAUUUGUGUGUCAGCUAUGUAUGCGCUCAGAGAAGGUGCUCUCUGAGUGACUUUUUGUGAAACGUGACAGUCAGAGAUAAGGAAAGAAAAAUGGGUCGAAUAAGUCUGAGAAUACACAGUCCUUUGGCACGAGAGGCGCUUGCUGAAUUUAUCAGCACUUUUAUACUUAUCAUGUUUGGAGAUGGCUCGGUGGCUCAGACCGUUCUUAGCAACGGAGACUUGGGAACACAGCUGUCAAUCAAUUGGUCAUGGGGACUGGGUGUUGCUAUGGGCGUGUACUUGGCGGGUGGAGUAUCCGGAGCUCACAUGAACCCCUCCGUUUCCUUCACUUUGGCGCUGCUCGGAAAGUUCUCCUGGAAGAAACUUCCGGUUUAUAUCGUAGCUCAGUUUUUAGGGGCAUUCAUGGCUGCGGCCGUCCUCUUCGGAGUUUACUGGGAUGCACUGAAUAAUUUUGAUGGUGGAGUGCGGCAGACGACAGGUCCGUUCGCCACGGCGGGAAUCUUCGCCACCUAUCCUCAGCCAUACGUCACUACAGCCAGCUGUUUUGGAGACCAGGUUGUGGGCACAGCCAUUUUGCUGGUCUGUAUUCUGGCAAUCACUGACCCCAAAAACAUGGAACCGCACAAAGGGAUAAUUCCCCUGUUGAUCGGACUGGUGGUUUUUGUAAUCGGCAUGACAUUUGGCCUCAACUGUGGGUACGGCAUUAACCCAGCCAGGGAUUUGGCUCCCCGGACGUUCACAGCGUUAGCAGGCUGGGGAGCAGAACCCUUCAGUUUCAGGAAUUACAAUUACUUCUGGGUGCCAGUUGUGGGGCCGCUGAUUGGGGCACCGGUAGGGGCGUUCUUGUACCAGUUUAUGGUAGGCUUCCACUGGCCUUUAGACAAGGCAGAGGAGGGUUUCAAUGAGGAAGAAGUCUCUCUUAACGUUGAUGGGGCAGAAGUUGAGCUGAACGAGAGGCACAACGCCGACAAAUCUCGGCUGACGAAAGCUUGAGCAUGACAAGGACGACUGUCUCCUCGGUACAGUAUGGUACCCAGAUCAACGUGGGGUAACCAUGGGUGCUUUGCAAAUGUAUAUCUAUGAUAUGCAAGUAUACAAAAGCUAAGCGUAGUCAGGGAUCGUACAGCGGAUUGCUUCGUGCUCUGACUUCUUGAGCUGCAAAAGGGAUAUAAUUGAGAGUUUUCUAAGUCAUAAGUGAAAGGAAAGAAAGAAUCUCCACAUAUGAAGCCUGAAGCGAGAUUUGUGGCUUGAAGCGAGAUCUUUCACAAAUGAAUGUGGCUACUUGCGUUUCGUGGAGUGUCAUUUAAGGUUAUUAUAGACGUGAACCAGCGUCAAAGCUUGCACUUCCUCUACUCCCAAUGCUACACUUCCUUUUGUUGUUAUUUUUGGUUUCCCUGUGUGUUUGUGACAUGUCAUUUAGCUUAUAGCGAAUAUGUUAACCUCAUUUAAUAUUACUUUGUGUACUAUUAUUCUGGUAAAUGUAUACUUCGUGGUUGGCCGGAGACCCAGUCUCACACUUGUGUUUUUUCUUAACUCUGUGUGACCAAAAACUCAUUUAAAAAUUUUUCAUUUUUAUUUUGUGACAUUAUUCUCAUAAAGACACUAAAUUGCUCUACAAAUCAUUGUAAUAUAAUGAAAUCAGGCAAUUACGUGUAGAGCAUCGCUAUUAGAACAAAAAAAAAAUAGGGAGCAAAAUUACCGAGCACUUCACAAACAGGCCAUUACUUCCAGAGAUAUGUUUCGAUCACGUGACUAACUGAAAACUGUGUUUUUUUCCCCAUGUAGUCGCCCAUCUUUGAUCAGAAGCAUUCAUCAGACUUUUCCUGAUGUUGUGCUAUUGUCUUUGUAAAGUAGGAAAAUCAUGGCACAUUGCUUUGGCUCAAGUUAUAAUAUAACAAAGUGCCGUAUUAAACAUCCCAAAACAGAACGAGUUAAAAUGACAAAAUGUCAGGGCUUCCGCUCUAACACGUCACUUGUGAAUGUGUUAGAGACGGAAAUGAAUGUGAUGAGACUGUGACGGAAAAUUGUCUGUGACCUCAAUGGAGGUUGUCGGUCCCGUCUUGCAGGAUUACUCGUCAAUGUAUGAUUGCCACGUUUUAUGUACUUGAUUGUUCAACCGCUGGUCAAUUCGCGUAUGCUAGGUAAUCAGACUCGAAGCGAAAACAGCUCGUACAUUUCCCUACAAUUCCAUGGAAAUGCUUCCUAAUAUUUAAUUGGUUCGGAUAUAUGUUUUUUGCUCAAACGUGGUCUAGUUUUAUGGUAAUGAACAAAAUAGCAAACUUUCGUCCUGCACAAACGGGAAUAGCUUAAAUCUGGAGUGACAAAAUGGUUCUACCGCUAGUUUUUAACGAUGAUGUUUCCUGUGCGUAAAUAUGACAUAACGUUACAGGCAUUGGUCAUUUGUGACAUAGUUUUCUUAGAUGACAGGACGUUCCUUCUGUACGCUGAUCCGGUACAGAACAUCAAAACUCGACAAUUUUUCAGGGAUGAACUUCAUAUAUUCUGAUUGUGAUAUUGUACAGUGUGGGAAUUAGGGUACAAUUGCCUUAAAUUUGUUAAUCGUUAAUCUAUCUGAUAUUCAGAUGGUGCUGUUCCAUCCCUGCCAUAUUGCGCCUGGACACCGCCAUUUACCAUGAUCAUGUGACACAUUUACGUGGCGACAUAUCACGUCAGCGAACAAAGAACUGAGAAAUAUAGAUUGCAGCAGGCGUGUGUUCUCAGUCAACCUUUAUAUUUUAUAAAGUAUUAAUUGAAUCCUUUAUUUAAUUUUACAGGACCUAAUUUCCCAGUCUCCACUCAGUUGGGAGGCAGGGGCCACUUUCACAAGACUUAUCAAUUUCUCGUAACUUAUCUCAUAAGUCAUGUCGCCUUGUGGAGCUAUAACCUAGACGAUGUCUUUUACGACAUAUGUUACGAGAAAUGUGAUUUAUGAAGUUUCGCCACUUUCACGAAACUUCAUAAAUAUAUCUGAUCUUUUCACCAUUUACCUCUCGAUAUUUAACUUAGUUUUCGUUCUGUUUGUUUAUGUUCUGUAUUAUAUACGGUGAAUGUAGGAUGUCGUAAGGCACGUGUUAGUAAAGCGGUUCCUUGAUCAGUUGAAUACACGGUGCUACAUGUGGACUGUAUCACAAACAACAACUCACGUGUUAACAAAGCGGUUCCUUGAUCAGUUGAAUACACGGUGCUACAUGUGGACUGUAUCACAAACAACAACUCACGUGUUAACAAAGCGGUUCCUUGAUCAGUUGAAUACACGGUGCUACAUGUGGACUGUAUCACAAACAACAACUCACGUGUUAACAAAGCGGUUCCUUGAUUAGUUGAAUAUGCUGUGCUACAUGUGGGCUGUAUGACUUACACAACUCAUGUGUUAAUAAAGUGGUUCCUUGCUCAGUUGAAUACACUGUGCUACAUGUGGACUGUAUGACUUACACAACUCAUAUGUUAACAAAGUGGUUCUUUGCUCAGUUGAAUACACUGUGCUACAUGUGGACUGUAUCACAAACAACAACUCACGUGUUAAUAAAGCGGUUCCUUGAUCAGUUGAAUACACGGUGCUACAUGUGGACUGUAUCACAAACAACAACUCACGUGUUAACAAAGCGGUUCCUUGAUCAGUUGAAUACACGGUGCUACAUGUGGACUGUAUCACAAACAACAACUCACGUGUUAACAAAGCGGUUCCUUGAUCAGUUGAAUAUGCUGUGCUACAUGUGGGCUGUAUGACUUACACAACUCAUGUAUUAAUAAAGUGGUUCCUUGCUCAGUUGAAUACACUGUGCUACAUGUGGACUGUAUGACUUACACAACUCAUGUGUUAACAAAGUGGUUCUUUGCUCAGUUGAAUACACUGUGCUACAUGUGGACUGUAUCACAAACAGCAACUCACGUGUUAAUAAAGCGGUUCCUUGAUCAGUUGAAUACACGGUGCUACAUGUGGACUGUAUCACAAACAACAACUCACGUGUUAACAAAGUGGUUCCUUGAUCAGUUGAAUACACGGUGCUACAUGUGGACUGUAUCACAAACAACAACUCACGUGUUAAUAAAGCGGUUCCUUGAUCAGUUGAAUACACGGUGCUACAUGUGGACUGUAUCACAAACAACAACUCACGUGUUAACAAAGCGGUUCCUUGAUCAGUUGAAUACACGGUGCUACAUGUGGACUGUAUCACAAACAACAACUCACGUGUUAAUAAAGUGGUUCCUUGAUCAGUUGAAUACACUGUGCUACAUGUGGACUGUAUCACAAACAACAACUCACGUGUUGACAAAGUGGUUCCUUGAUCAGCUGAUAUACGGUGCUACAUGACCUACACAGACGUGUUGACUUACGAACAGUGGUGUUUAUCAUGAAUAUGAGGUAUGUUCAGGAUUAAUGUAUAAAACUGUUUUGCUAUUAGUUUUUUAACUUGCGUUAUGCCUUUAAAUUGAAACGUGACGUGUCAGUUUUAUGCAUUGGUGUAUGUAUGUAUUUAUGUAUGCAUGUAUGUUCGGGUUUAACGUCGUGCAUAGUAAUGUUUCGGUCAUAUUAGGACGACAGGUGAUUAGGUGUGAGUGCAUAUACUGUGUCUUCUUGUGGCGGGGAGAGUUUAACCAUCUUUAUCUGGCUAAUGACACCUAAAACUGCUCGUAUAUAUUAAUUUAAAUCGAAUUAUUUAUUACCUCUUGAUGACAUUAUAGUAUAUAAGCUGUGGGAUUAGCGCUGUUGUGGACAGUGAACAAAGUGUGUGCCAUUCUUUCGUGCUUGUUAGCACGUGUAGUCACUUGACUGAGAUUGAUCUUGAGAGAAAUUACCAAUUGACUCCAACAAGCGCAAUAACUCUCCCUUUACGCAAAUAAUACCUGCAUACACACGUUGACGCACCCAUGACUUAUCUCCCCUGGCUCGCUUUCUCCGGCUGCAACUUGUACCGUCACAGUCGUGGUUAACUGGAUUUGGAGGAACACCUUGUUUAUUUAUUUAUUGAUGGCCCGACAGGAAGCCAGCAUGAGUUGGACUUGAACUUCCACCGACUGCAUUGGUGAGAGGCACCUGGGUCAUUGCGCCGUGCUGGCGUGCUAACCCCCUCUGCCAUGUUGAUGUACGGAUUAGUAAGCUACUACCGUUAUUAUGCCACAGACAAAUGAAGUCAACAAACCUUUCAGUAAUGAUGAUUUAUGCAAUUCUAUACUGAAGCUGACAUACAGGAACGGUAAAUGUAGGCCUACGUACAGCGUCAGACUUAUGUAGUCAUAAGUGGGCUCAAAGAUAAUGGAAUAAAAAUCAGGCCUCCACAUAAAUUUAAAUGGACUUUAACAGAUCCAGACAUGUGGAUCGGAAGCUCGUGUAACAUUUCAAAUUCAUUUAGUUUUUUUGAUAAAUGUUUUACUCGGUACUCCAGAUUUUUUCUGGCCAUGCAGCUUUAUAAUGUGCAGAAACCGAAGCAGAACUUGGGGGAAACCCCCAACCAUGCGUAAUGUGUUAGCACACCUUUCCACAUUUUAAAAUUUACGAGCUGAUGCCUUUUGACUUUAUUACACAAAAACCUGUUUGUCAGUCUGGUGAGAUGUUUACCCUCAGUUGGACAGCGUCAAAUGAAGGUUAUAAUAGUCCGCAGUUGUUAUGAUUUCGAUAAAUUCAGUCGUGCUUCAUCAUCACUACAAACCCUGGGCUUUUUAGUCUCAAGUAGUAUAUAUGUGUGUGUGUCUUUUCGAGAGAGGCUUUAUCAAUAUCUGUAUAGAUAUAGCCUUGAAAUAUUAAUGGUUAUGUACAUUUACCAUAUCUUCAGGCAAUGUACGAGUUUUUGUUAUUUAAGACAAAGGGUCGUUUUCGUACACCUGCUCAUUGGUGACUUCACCAAUGGCGAAAUACAUGUAUAUUUGCAGAGAAGAACACCUGUACAUUUUUCAUGAAAAUUGUCCCAUAUUUUGAUUGCAAGAAUGUUGUCUUUUUUGUGAGAGAAUUAAGAAAACCGAGUUGAUGUGAUUGUUUUUGUCCUGCAUGAUUAGGACCUAAUUUAAAUACCAGUAGUUAAAAUUCGUUAAUUUAUUUACUGAAUUACUGCGGAAAAUCGAGAAGUGUGGAUAUCCUUACUUAUCUUCUUUUUCACGGAAUACCUUUAAAGAACUACCCUUCUAGGCAUAUUUUGUCAAUUGUUGCCUGGCCUUGCGGAUAUCGUCUGAGUAGUGGAUGCUUAUGAUACUAACGUCCAUGUUGUAUUUCUUAAUUAAUGAACUUGAUUAUAAUCCACGAGAUUACCGUUAUGAGUGUGUUAUGACUCCAUGUAUCGUAUUAACGACAAGGUUAUUCGUACGCUUACCGACAUUCAUAUAGACAUGCGCUGACAGAUGUGAGGGCUAUGACCAUGUACAAAGAUAUAUAUGCCUACAGAUACGCUCAAAUGUCAACUGCCAUUCCAUGCCUUGUUCCUGAUGAUCAUCUAUACACGCUACUCUGGAGCUGUAUUCCAUUCAGUAACCUCGAGGAAAAUUUGUUAAAUUGCUGGGGAAUGUCCCGGUGGUACGCUCUGUUCCAUCCAGUAACCUUCAGGGGUUUCUGGGUGUUACUGAGGAGGAUGUGUCCUACGCUCUUUUCCAUCCAAUAACCUUCAGAGAUUUCUGGGAAAUUGCUUUGGAAUGUCCCGGUGGUACGCUGUGUGCCGUCCAGUAACCUUCAGGGAACUCUUGGGAUUGCUGAGAAGUGUGUGUACUGCACUGUGUUCCACUCAGGAACCUUUUCGGGGAUUGUUGGGGAAUGUCACUGUGCUACGUUGUGUUCCAUCCAAUGAACUUCAGGGAUUUUCAGGGCGCGUGUCAUGCAAUCCAUAACAUGAUUACAUGGCUAUAAUAUUUUCUGCUCCUUUGGGAAUUUUACUUAUAAGUUGUUACUGUUUUGUUUUAUUGGUUCAAUUAAAGUUUUCUGUU